GUCCCGUGGUCCCCCUGUGACGCAGAUCAGGCAGAGCUCGGGGCGUGUGUGGAGCUAAAAGCUAACGCUAACGUCGCGUCCGGGCCACAACAACACAUUUCUAAACCCUCACAAAUGUUUAACCCGCAGCGCUGAUGGAUUUCGACGCGUUAUUUAGCGAAAAGUCCCUGGAGUUUUCCGAUUUUCAAGAAUUCACGUUCAUCCCUGGUCAUCAGAAGCUAUCAGAGCGGGUCAGAAAACGCCUUUACUAUGGACUGGACAAAGAUGUGUCACUGGACGCACUCUCCGGACCUGUCACUGAUAUUGCUGUUGAAUUCUUCCAAAAAUCUGCUCCCAGCCCUAUACGAAAACUCCACAAGAAAUAUGCCGCCCAUGUUGCCAGAGAGGCCUGUAUCUCCCCAUGUGCUAUGAUGCUAGCCCUGGUCUACAUUGAACGACUCCGACACAGAAAUCCCGAAUAUUUACAGAAGAUCUCCUCAUCCGACCUCUUCCUAAUCUCAAUGAUGGUUGCCAGUAAGUACCUGUACGAUGAAGGUGAGGAGGAGGAGGUGUUUAAUGAUGAGUGGGGCACCGCGGGAAAGAUGGACGUUCAAACGAUCAACAGCCUGGAGAUCAGCUUUCUUAGCGCCAUCGAGUGGAGUUUGUUCACGGAGCCAAACGAUUUCUUUGACAUCCUCAGUCAACUAGAAACUAACAUUGCACGGCGCCAGGGCCUGAGGAGAGGGUGGUUCACUUACACUGACCUCUGUGUCCUUUUGGAACAGUCCUCCUGGAACCAAGCUCUCAUGUCUAUGUACCAGCACUUUACCAAGGUCUCAUGUCUGAUCAGCCUGGUCUACCUCACCACUGUAGCCGGACUUUUCGCCUCCUCUGCUGUUCUGCAUGCGCUCAGUCUGCACCAGGACCUCUCUCUCCUCCCAGCCUCUCUCGCCCCUCUCAGCCCCUCCCACAACCUGCACAUUCCUGCGGUUCACCUCACAGUACCCUCUCCUGGUCACCACCGCUGUUGCGUCCUAGCUAACAAAACUCCACCCCUAACCCCACCCCAAAGUCCACCCAGUGACCCCUCCCCGCUGCUCUGUUUCUGGGGAUCGCUCCUCGCCUCCAUGGGACAUUUCCACCUGGAUCAGGACACGUCAUGGUCCUAUUUUUGCCCUGGAUGCCUCGCCAGAUCCCAAAAGUUCCAGUGUGGCCUUAAGAACUCCUCUUUUUCUGAUCCUGGAGGUUUGAAAUAUUCCGAAAAAGGUUUGGAAUCGACUGUUCUGGGAAAAGUUGAUCCGCCACUACCUGAAGUUAAGUUUGGGUGCUGCCAUCCGGACGCCAUUUUGAACAAAGCGCUCCUCGUUCCCGGGUAGAACUUGCCAAUCAAAGCUGGAGUUUAGAACUGAGACAGGACCCGUGUUCAGACCCGUGUUGGUUUACAACUUGUCUUGGAGAGACCCCAAACAGUUCAAAACUAAAUUAAUUUUAUGUUCUAGGCGUUUUUCAGUUUUGGUAAUCCAUGAGCUGUAGCUUGUUUUCAAAUUCAAAUUGGAUUAUUAUUGUUAUUAUUAUUUUGACCUAGUUUUCAUCCUUUAGCUUGGAAGGUUGUACUGAAACAGGUGAAAUUUGAACUCAAAAAUGGAGCUUAUGGUUUUAUUUGAAAUUCUGACUAGAAUUUACCAAUGUGAUUUACAAGAUUAAAACUUGUGCUGAGACCUAUCCCUCGAUGCUAAACCUGUGACUGCUUAAAAUCAUUACAAAAAGAGCAGAGCCUCAGUGAGCAGAACCACUGGUUUAGUUUGUCUCAGAGGAGCUUCAACAAACAACAAGUUGGAUAUAUUGAUCAAAAAUCUUGGCAACUAUUUAAAGACGGGGUUUUAUACAAAAUGAAUGCAUUUUUUUCCAGCUUUCUACCAUGUUAUUAUGUUCCCUCAUCAAAAACAUGCCUGAAGAGGUUUUAGACGUCAUCCAUGCAUAUUUGAGUAUUUUAGCGAUCUCCUUCGGGUCCUCUCUAUGGUUAGCUGUUACUAUAAGGCUCCACCCACAAAUCUACAUCAUUUAUGCUCCCACGUGACAAUUCUCUAUAAAUGUACAAAAACACGAUUAAAAACUAACACAACAACUCAACAAACCUGAUGUGAGGUGCAGUAGGUUCAUUAGUGGGAUGGGGCUGAUUGUGUUGUGAUAGCUCUCUGAAGGGGGAGUGACUUAAUGUGGGGAGCAAAUGGAGUGGGGGGGGGGGGGGGACUCAGAAUGUCAAAAGCUAAACUGAAAUUUAGAAAACUUGUUAACACGCUGUUUUAGGCGAAUAUAGCAUUUUCAAAACAAAAGGGUAACGUGGUGAUCUGAAUGUUAUGUGUUAGCAGUUAAUACCCCAUUGAAGUAAAAUACCCCCUCUUUAAAUUGCAACUGUAAAUGUUGGGGUCAGAUUUGAUUUAUAUCAGCGCAUGUCCUGAGUCCUUGAAGUCCUGCUUUACAUCUUAAAGUACAUUUUCUGGACAUGAUCCUUCUCCCAUGUUCAACUCCAGCUUAGAAACAGACACAAUUAGAACAGCUUAUUGUUAUUUUGCCAUUGUUAAAACUCGCUGGGUCGUUCAAACUGGACAUACAUCUUCUCUUUAUUAAAUCUUCAUAUGUUUUUUUUUUUUUUAUUACAAACAGUUAAAGAGUGUAGAAUUAUUCAUUUGGUUCACAAAUUUCAAAAAUGUACCAAAAAAGUCUAAAUUGUGGAUCCAGAGAUGUGGUUCGGACCUGGUUCGGACCUGGUCCGGACCUGGUCCGGACCUGGUUCUGUUUCUCUAAUUGAACGACCCUUUUGCACACUUUGGUUUGUUUUUCUCAUCUGUGUCUUUCUCUGGUUUAUUUUGAAGUUUGAGGCUUUUAUUUUGAAAGUGUUCUGCAGUUAAAGGGACGUUACUUAUACAGUCGCUUAUUAUAAAGUUUACAUUUAGAAUUUGGGUUUGGUUUUCUAAAAUGACAUCCGGAAAAAUCUUUAGUGUAGAAAACGUGAGUUUCCUCUUGGUAUUUUGUGGUGGUUAGUUUUAAAUUGUUCAGACUUAUUUUGAAAAGCUGUUGCUGUGGCACUUGGGUGAAAAUUAUGAUGAAAACCAGCCCAUUUUCUGUCACGCUUGUACUCUUAUUUUGAAGGUGCACUCCGCUCUUGGUUCUCAGAGUUCGUAAAAUGCAGCGAUUUUUGGUUGGAUUUGGAAGUGGAAAAGUUCAAAUGUUUUGACCCAAAGCACAACUUCCUAAUUCUGUAAAUGUGUAAAAACAUUGUAUAAAUCUGCAGUAAUAAAUAAUCUCCCAUUU